CCGUGUCGCUAUUCGACGGUUUCUUUCCCUCGUGAACUUUUUUGUCUUCCGCUGCGCCGCAGGGGAUGUCAGACCGCCGACCAGCUCCGUGAUUUGAGUCCAGAGUCGCAUGGUGCAUACAGCCAGCUGCCGGCCGCGGGUCUCAUGGGGCGUCAGAAGGCCAGCGCUGAGCCGUAGCCGUGGAGGAGUCACACCCAACUGCAUCACCGUUAGUCGGUCCCCCGGGACACGCUUCUGGAGUCCUGAACCCGAGCCGUCAGAGAGCUUCACUGACCCGUCUGAGGGCUGUUCAAUUAGUGGACACUAGAAGCCAUAGCGAGAAGCCCCCCCCCCCCCCCAAGUUAUAGAAGCUGCUGGUCUCUCUUGCUCUCUCUCUCUCUCUCUCUCUCUCUCUCUCUCUCUCUCUCUCUCUCUCUCUCUCUCUCUGUCUCUGUCUCUGUCUCUGUCUCUCUCUCUUUCUCUCUCUCGCCCACUGUCGCCAUGGAGGCAGUGGGGAAGUUUGACUUUGAUGCGUCGUCACCCAGUGAGCUGAGCUUCAGGAAGGGGGACGUCCUAAAGAUCCUAUCCUCCAACGACGCCUGGUACACGGCUGAGAUGCAGGGCCAGGAAGGCUUCGUGCCUCAGAACUACCUCGACGUCCACAUACCAAGGUGGUUCCAGGAGGACGCCAGUCGCAGCUCUGCCGAAGAGGACCUGAUGAUGCAUGGCGUCGGAUACUUCCUGAUCCGCGGCAGCCAGAGCUCUCCGGGGGACUUCUCCAUCUCCGUCAGGCACGAGCACGACGUGCAGCACUUCAAGGUCAUCAAGGACAACCUGGGCCAGUACUUCCUGUGGGCCGAGAAGUUCACCUCCUUCAACCAGCUGGUGGACUUCUACAAGUCCACCUCCAUCUCCAAGCAGAGGCUGAUCUACCUGAAGGACGGCUCCGAGGACAUCCGGGCCCCCAACGCUCACCAGGUACGGGCCCCCGACGCUCACCAGAACGCGGGGGUGGUGUUGGCGCCGGAGCCGACCGACCAGUUUGAAGCAGCUGGGAGGCGGAGCCCACUCGUGGGAGGGGCGGGGCCUGCAGCGGCCCCUCAGAGGGUGGCCCCUGCACAGAUGAGGGCCUCCUUCCAGGUGAAGGUAGCCCCCCUCCCGGAGAGGGCAGACCCCACCCAGGGCAGGGGAGCCCCCGUACAGGUGAGAGCGGACCCUACCAGGGGCAGGGGAGCCCCGCUACAGGGGAAGCCGGCCUCGGCCCAGGUGAGGGCGGGCUCGGCCCAGGUGAGGCCGGCCUCCGUCCAGGUGAGGCCGACCUCCGUCCAGGUGAGGCCGACCUCCGUCCAGGUGAGGCCGGACUCCGUCCAGGUGAGGCCGGCCUCCGUCCAGGUGAGGCCGGCCUCUGUCCAGGUGAGGGCGCUGUACAGCUUCCAGGUGGAGGAGGAGGACGAGCUGGGGUUCUGUGCCGGUGAUGUCAUCGAGGUGCUGGACUGCCGCGAUCCGUCGUGGUGGAGGGGCCGGCUGAGAGGGAGGAGCGGCCUGUUCCCCGCCAACUACACCACGCCGAUCUGAGG